AUGCCCCCGUCUAUGUACACGAAGGACGAGAAGGUCCUGUGUUUCCACCAUGACAUCCUCUACGAUGCCAAGAUCCUUGACACGGCGACAAGAAGAACCCCCCUUGAGUUCCUUGUUCACUACAAGGGCUGGAAGAAUACCUGGGAUGACUGGGUUCUUGAGGAUCGGCUGAGAAAGGCCACUGAAGAGAAUCGUGAGCUUGCAGCUAAUCUUCGUCGUGAGGUCGAAGCAUCUGCUCGUCAAAAAACUGCUAAACCUAACAAAAACAAGCGUCCUCUAUCUGACCGGGGUUCGGUCCGUGAUAGUGAAGAGCGUGGCAGUUCAGUGCCCGGCCGCGGCAACAAGCGAUCCAAGGGCGAAAAUGAUAUUGAAAAGGAGGAAGCAUUCCAUAUCCGCCCGUCCAUCCGCAUCGUGAUGCCGGAUAAUCUGAAAGCCCUCAUCGUCGACGACUGGGAACGCGUCACAAAGAACAACUCCGUCGUGAAACUUCCCGCCGAGAAGACCAUCCGCCAGAUCUUCCAGGACUGGCGUGACGAAGAGGAGCCCAAGCGCAAGGGCAACCGUAUCGACAUGGAUGUCCUUGAUGAAGUCGUCGCUGGCAUGAUGGAGUACUUUGACAAGAUGCUCGAUAAACUCCUACUCUACCGCUACGAGCGACCUCAAUUCCGCAUACUUCGCAAGAAAACCCAGCACGAGUCCGGUCCCGGAAAUGGUCCGGUCGAUGUCUAUGGUGCCGAGCACCUGAUUCGUUUGUUCAGCCUUCUCCCUGAACUACUCGCCCAAACCAACAUGGACCUCCAGUCCACCCAGCGCCUGCGUGAAGAACUCUCGAAAUUCUCUCUGUGGCUGAGCAAGAACUCGGAAAAAUAUUUCCGCACAGAGUACGUUCCUGUCGAAGAUACCUACGAGAAAUCGCCCAAAGCCGCGAAGGCAACGCGUUAA